CAUUACAGUAUGGCUUAGAAGCUGUGCUGACGUGCUUUUAUUGUCUAAUGAGUGUGAAAAACGCUGCCCUGUUUGACAGCAAGGUAGCUAGCGGUAUGCAUAGUUGUUUAGGGGGUACGCGCUAGGGCUACCUAAAUGAGCACGACUCGAGAGUGUGUGCACUCUGUCAGUUAGGUUCCAAUUUCGACCAGUCUAGAUUGAAGAGAAGACCUCCGCGCAGCCAUCACAACUUCAGCUUCAACGUCCAGCGGAACGGAGAAUGGACAGCUAUCAGGCUAGCUAGGUGGAUAUCCGUACUAGGACAACGACAUUUAGGGAGGAAAUGUGCUAGCUAGCUGGUUCGUGUGAGACGACGGUUUCCUGUUUUCCAGGUUGAAUCGACAGUAACUGUUAACAUCUGGAUUAAGAACAUACGUUAGGUGAGGUGGAGAGAUGCAGACUUUUUUGAAAGGCAGGAGAGUGGGCUACUGGCUCAGCGAGAAGAAGAUGAAGAAGCUGAAUUUUCAGGCCUUCGCUGAUUUGUGCAGGAAAAGAGGAAUAGAAGUGGUCCAGCUGGACCUGAGCCAGCCCCUGGAGGAGCAAGGUCCCCUAGACGUCAUCAUCCACAAGCUGACCGACCUGAUCCUGGAGGCUGACCAGAACGACACCCAGUCAGUCCUGCUAGUGCAGAGAGUGCAGGACUACAUUGAGGCCCACCCUGAGACCAUCGUGCUGGAUCCCCUCCCAGCCAUCAGGACCCUGCUGGACCGCUGCAAGUCCUACCAGCUCAUCCACAGGAUAGAGGACUGCAUGCAAGAUGAGAGAAUCUGCUCUCCCCCGUUCAUGGUUCUGAACACAGAGUGUGGUCCAGAUACACUGGAGAAGAUUGAGAAGCAUGGACUCACUUUCCCAUUUAUUUGCAAAACACGAGUAGCCCAUGGAACCAACUCCCACGAGAUGGCCAUCAUCUUCAGUGAGGAGGACCUGAAGGAUGUGAAGCCUCCGUGUGUGAUCCAGAGCUUCAUCAACCACAACGCGGUGCUCUACAAGGUGUUUGUGGUGGGGGAGUCCUACACACUGGUGGAGAGACCCUCCCUCAAGAACUUCCCCGCUGGACCAGCAGACAGAAAAGCAAUUUUCUUCAACAGUCAUAAUGUAUCAAAGCCAGAGUCCUCUUCAGACCUGACCUCUAGGGACAACGUGGAGGGGGUGUCCCAGCCACCCAGUGAUGAUGUCAUCAGAGCGCUAUCCAGGUCCUUGCGACAGGCGCUGGGCGUGUCCUUGUUUGGCAUCGACGUCAUCAUCAACAACCUCACGGGCCAACACGCCGUCAUCGACAUCAAUGCAUUCCCUGGUUACGAGGGUGUCCCAGAGUUCUUCAACGACCUCCUGACCCACAUCACCAGUGUGCUUCAGGCUCACUGCCCCGACAGCCCCCCAGCCAGCGGGCAGCCCAAAAGCCUGGCAUCCAGCCAUAACCCCAGCGCUACGGUGCCUACAGCCCAGACCCCGGAGUCCCCAGGCUGCUGCAGCAUGCUGGGGAAGGAGGCCAGCAGCAGCCCCUGGAUCGUGGAGGGGGAUGGGAACCUGAAGGGCCCCCGCCAGAGACUGGGCUGUAACUCAGCCAUGUCCCCCAACUUCCAGCAACACUGUGUGUCCACGAUAGCCACCAAGGCUUCCUCCCAAUGACUGCCAUCCUCUUCCCCCUUAGCCCCCACCCUGUUCUAACCGCGAACAAAAACAGAUGAUGAUAAUGGUGACGAUAAUGAAUAAUAAUCAUAAUAAUUAUGAUAUUAAGUAUAAUAUAUCUGUAAUCUAAAACCAACUUUUUCUAUGUAGAUCUUGAUGGUGAUUGGGUCUUUGAUCUUUUCUUUUCUGCCUUUUGGAUUUAUUUUAUUUGGUUUAAUAAGACUUACAGUAAUGUGAACUUUUGGGAACUCUGCUUGCUUAAUUGCUGAUUUAGUUUCUCUCUGUGAAAUCUCUAAUCAAGUGGUCCUCAUGAGGUGGUUGGGGGGACUAGCCAUGUCUGACCUUUGACUGCAGCAGUAAAGAAAAGGGCAAUUAAACA